GUCAGCAGCGAAAAGCGACAACAGCAACGGCAGGUUGUCAAGUAUCAGUACGUUGAAAGUCAGGAUCGCCAUGCUCGUUAAAUUUUGGAAACAUAUUUUCAUCAUUCUCUUCCUCUUUGGAAUCAUCUUCCUGCUGCGCAACAUCACAUACGAGAACUGGACGAUAUACUCAAUGUCAACACUUCCCAAGUUCCUGAACUGGAACCAGAAUCAAUCGUCAAGACUCCCUGGAAGACACCCGUUGUUUCACCACAAUCGCACCUUCUGUCCACAUUUUGGCCAACCACCAUCACGUGAAGAAGAAAUGGAGGAGCAGGUGCUGUUGGAUUCUAUUGAGUGGCCCCUGCUUCCCUCUGGCUACGCACGACCCAGCUUGUCCCAGACGAGUGACCCAGCCCAUAGUCUGUUUAAGAUCAUAUCAAAAAUUGACCAGCGUUGGUACGUGGGUGACCACCUUGAAGUGCUGGUCCACCUGCAUGACUUCAAGGGCCGACCUAAACGCUAUGGCGGCGAUUUCCUGUUGGCUCGGUUAUAUUCACAAGAGCACGGGGCGGCUGUGGUCGGGCAGGUACUGGACCACAAGGACGGACUUUAUACCGUUCGAUUCCCGUUGCUGUGGGAGGGCUCGGCACAGGUCGAGGUCAUUAUGGUGCACUCAAGUGAGGCCAUCAACGUGCUGCAUCGGCUAAGGGAGAAAAGGCCAGACCGGGUGUUCUUUGGCAGCCUCUUUCGCCGGGGCAAAAAAACUAAGAAAACUGCGUGCGGCAUGUGCCUUCCACAAGACCAAGGAGCACUCUGCAACUACACAGACCUUCACUCUGGUGAGCCAUGGUACUGCUACAAGCCCAAAAAGCUCGGCUGCGACAACAGAAUCAACCAUUAUAAGGGAGGCUACCUCAAAAACGUCAUCAACAAAGAGGAAGCUUUGCUCUUUCAGAGUGGCGUGAAUGUGAAAGUUCCCAUCCACUCUUCUUCAAGAGACACCAUUGAUGUGCUACCUUCAAAGACAGAGAUGAAGGAUUUCAGCCUGAAGACUCAACAAAAUGUGGGGCCUCGAAUAGCGGUGGAUAGCACCCAUGACAUUCUCCUGACGUAUCGCUGCCACGGCCCACCCAUCCGCUUCACCAAUGUCCUGGCUAGCGAAUUGCGCUACAUCGCCAAUGAGCUGGAUGGCCUGGCCGGCGGCCCCCACACAGUAGUGGCAAUGAGCAUCUGGUCUCACUUCAGUACCUUUCCUGUGGAAGUGUACAUACGCCGCCUUCGGCAUAUCCGCAAGGCAGUGGUGCGACUCCUGGGCCGUGCACCGGGGACAUUAGUGGUGGUCCGUACGGGCAACCCUCAGGCCCUGGAAAGGGAUGCCAGCCUGUACAACAGCGAUUGGUUUUCUAUACAACUGGACGUCGUGCUGCGUGCCAUGUUCAAGGAUCUUGACGUUAUCCUGGUGGACGCCUGGCAGAUGUGCGUGGCACACGGCCAACCUCACAAUAUACACCCUCCUCCAGCCAUUGUCAAAAACAUGGUAGACCUGAUGCUUUCCAAUAUUUGUCAUGACUAGACGAGGAGAGGAAAAGAUCAAUCAAUGAUUAGCCAUUGGCAACAUCAUACUGUCUUUGGGCAAAGCGGGGACUUUUAUGUUUUCGCUUUCAGUAUAAUUUGUUAGCAAGAAGCCUGAUUUAAAGUAGGUGCUGACAGGCAGGGAGGACUGGGACAAAUCCCAGGGGGCUGGCCGGCCAGAAGAGUCGAUCCGGUCCGGUUAUGAUUGGAGAUUUGUGUUAUUUAUUGUGAAUUCUGUUUGUUUAUGUUUUACAAUCGAGACCUGUUGAGAAACUAAUUGCUGACUGUGUUCUGUUAGUCCCACCUGUGGUUAUGUGGGCAAUUGCCCGUGCUGUGCAGAGUAUAGCCUAAAUAAUUGUAAAUUGUUGUCAUAACAUUUUGGAUAUUAUCUGAAACUGAGGUUUAUAAGCCCCACAGUAUAGCAAGUGGGCAAUUGCGUGUCAUUUUCAGCACUAUUUUCUGCGUAUGUUCCGGGACCUGUGCCCGUCUCGUCAUCCCUGCACUGUCAUAUGUACUUUGCGUUCCGGCACCUUAUGGUUUACAAAUUAAGCACUGAAUCUGGCACUAGGCAUGUGCCGGUAUGACAUUUUGACGGUACGAUAACCGUGAGCAAAAAUACCGCGGUAUCACGGUAUUGCAAUUAUACCUCCAAAAAAUUUUGAGAUGUAUGGGUUAAAAAAAAAAAAAAUUUCCAUUGAACAGGAUUUUUUUUUCAGACCAUAGUUGCAAAUUGGAACAUGAAUAUAUUGUUAAAAUAAAUAAUCAAUAAAAAAAUAUUUUAAAUGAAAAUUAAACUAAAUAUAACUUAUAGACUAUACUCACAGCCACAGCUCAAGUUGCUCAAGAUUAGAGCAAGAACAAAAUAAUUUGUAUAAAAAAGUAAAAACACUUCUGAAUAAAAAUUUUUGAAAUUUAUACUGCAUGACUUUUUUUUUUAGGGUGGAAAAGCUUAAGUGAAGUUUCGCCAUUUUCAGCCACUGUGUCAACUGUAGUCUACAUGAUGUCAUGCCUUUGUGUUAUAAAGAACAUAAAGAAUUCAUAAGUUACUUAAAAAUGUAUAAGUUAGUUAAAAUGUCAAUAUUGUUGUGGAAAGGUUUCAUCUAAAAAAUAAAAAAUAAACAUUGGGAGUGACACCUCUCCUUGAUCCAGCGAACGUGGAUUUGUGCUUAGGGCAAGAUCAUCUUUCGCAAUUAGCGAUCUUUGACGCUAUCACUUUUUCCCCUUCAUUCAAGCGACUCAAGCUUGUUUUCUCACUCUGCGGCUGUCACACUCAACGAAGUUGCUCUCCCAGGUAAGCCUAGGCUAACAAUCAUCUUUGUAAGCUUUUAGUUAGUUUUUAUAUUGCAUUUGAAAGGAAAAUGUGUGUUUUGUUUUUGGCGAACUUUUUCCAUGGUGCUAGUCUGUUGAAGCUACUCACAUGGAAAAAUCUAAUUGUACAACAUUUUAAAUGUAUUCAUUUUGUAUAUUACACUUACCACGAUUUGAGAGCUCAAUAAAUUGAAGAACAGUACGCCUUAUAUUUGGAGUAUUUGAUUUUGGGUUAGCUGGCUGGCUAGCCGAUAGCGUCACUUUCACACACAGCAACAAACGGGAGGGGGUGAGCGCUGCUGCGCCAAGCCGCUUCUGGCUGCAUUUUUGACACAAGAAAAAUAGCGAAUAUCGUACUACGGUCUGACGGAAAAUUUUAGUGGUUUUGAAACCGCAACGUUUUCACACCACGGUAAACCAUAAAACCGGUAACCGGCACAUGCCUAUCUGGCACCCUGAAGCAAGGGUGAAGGUUUGCAUAGGGACGGUAGGGACAAAACACUCCAAUUGCUCCAAUUGUCCCCACCAACUUUUAAGCUCAUAUAGGUAAUUCAGAUUGUCUUCCUGUAUGUUGUAACGAUAGAAUUGACCCUACCAUUAUAAAAUUGAUUCUUUUCAUUAUUUUAGACUUAUAUUUACACUAGGGCUGUCAAAAUUAUCGCGUUAACGGGCGGUAAUUAAUUUUUAAAAAUUAAUCAUGUUAAAAUAUUUGACUCAAUUAACACACAUGCCCCGCUCAAACAGAUUAAAAUGACAGCACAGUCAUGUCCACUUGUUACUUGUGUUUUUUUGUCGCCCUCUGCUGGCGCUUGGGUGCGACUGAUUUUAUGCAUUUAAGCACUAUGUGUAAUUAUUGACAACGAUGGCAAGCUACUAGUUUAUUUUUUGAUUGAAAAUUUUACAAAUUUUAUCAAAACGAAAACAAUAAGAGGGAUUUUAAUAUAAAAUUUCUAUAACUUCUACUAACAUUUAUCUUUUAAGAACUACAAGUCUUUCUAUCCAUAACAGAAUGUUAAUGUUAAUGCUAUCUUGUUGAUUUAUUGUUAUAAUAAACAAAUACAGUACUUAUGUACAGUAUGUUGAAUGUACGUAUAUAUCCGUCUUGUGUCUUAUCUUUCCAUUCCAACAAUAAUUUACAGAAAAAUACGGCAUAUUUUAUAGAUGGUUUGAAUUGCGAUUAAUUACGAUUCAUUAAUUUUUAAGCUGUGAUUAACUUGAAUAAAAAUUUUAAUCGUUUAACAGCCCUAAUUUACACCCUUAUCACUUGCUGAAUGGGCCAGUCCAUGUUUUUUUCCUCAAACGCAUGUUUCAUGGGCUGAUGUUUUGACCCCUUCCCCCCAAACCCCCCCACAUCCACACUCUCGCAGUACAGAAUUACGUUACAUGUCCACAUGCCGCCUUCUCCGCCCGCUUCGAAGAGGAGGGUUAUUAGAAGUUUUUUUUCGGCCAGCAGCCACUGUAAGUAAUGUUAACAGUCAUUGUUGGGUGGGAAAUGGUGGGGAUCACUAAUUUUGCUUCUGAAAGUCUGACCUGCAUCACAGUUUAGUAUUACCAUUACAUUGAACUGUGAACUGUGAGUAGAAGCUGCUUCCGGAGAAGUGCCCUCCUGUUUUUGUAUUCUACUAUGUUAACGUUAAUUAAACUGAGAAAUAUAGUAAACUCUGCUCAGCUGUAAGAAAUAUAGUGAACCAAUGUUUACACCCUUCUCCCCAGUUUUCAUUUUUAUUUUGCUUAUAUGGUCUUAAAGCAG